AUGUCAAUCCAAACACCACUAUGUUCACUAUUGAACAUCGAACAUCCAAUUCUCCUAGCCGGCAUGGCCAAAGCCUCAGGAGCUCCACUUGCAGCAGCAGUUUCAAACGCAGGCGGACUAGGCACAGUAGGCGGCUUGGGAUAUACACCACAGCAGUUAUCUGAAAUACUAACUGAACUUAAAUCGCUACUACGGGACCCAUCGCUCCCUUACGGCGUGGAUCUAGCCCUUCCACAAGUUGGCGGUGGAGCACGUAGUACCAAUCAUGACUAUACACAUGGCCAGCUGGACGAACUGAUCGAAGUGGCCAUCGCACAUGGUGCAAAGCUGUUCGUGUCUGCCGUUGGCGUGCCUCCUGAGAAGACAAUUAAUCGGCUGCAUGAGGCUGGGAUCCUCAUCAUGAAUAUGGUCGGGGCUCCAAGGCAUGCGGAGAAAGCUUUAAUGCGAGGUGUGGAUAUUGUUUGUGCUCAGGGAGGUGAGGGGGGCGGACAUACUGGGGAUAUACCUUUCUCGGUACUGAUCCCUGCUGUUGUUGAUGUGGCAAGACGAUUUACGAGUCCAUUGACUGGACAGCAGGCUCUGGUUGUUGCUGCUGGUGGGAUUGCUGAUGGACGAAGUCUGGCUGCGUCACUGAUGCUUGGUGCAUCGGGGGUCUGGGUUGGAACGAGAUUCGUGGCUACUAAGGAGAGUGGCGCGAGUCGCCUGCAUAAGGAGGCUGUUGUUGGGGCUGGAUAUGGUGAUACGCGCCGCACGCUGGUUAUUUCUGGACGGCCCUUACGUGUACUACCGAAUGACUACGUGAAGGAGUGGGAGAGCCGGCCGGCAGAUAUUAUUGCUUUGACUACGAAGGGAGUUGUCCCGAUGGUGCAUGACUUAGAAAAUGAGAAAGAUGUCGAUAUGCCUUUCAUCAUGGGAGAUGUCUCGGCUAGUAUCAAGGACAUCAAGCCAGCCGGAAUUAUUGUGCAGGAGAUGGUUCAGCAGGCCAUACAGGUGCUGAAGGUGGGCAAUGCGUAUAUUACGAGUGGUCAAAGCAAGCUUUAG